UCUCUCUCUUCUCUCUCUCCUCGCACACGCAGAUUCCCCAGUGCCCCGCACACCUCGCAGCAGCCAUGGCUACCGCCGGCGACGACCUGGACCUCCUCCUCUCCCUGGGCGAGGCGGUCCCCGAGACCCCUCCCUCCUCCCCGCGCCCCACUGGCGUCUCCGAGUCCGACGGCGCCAUCACCCCUCCAAGGACGGCGCGCCCCGGCGGCACUGACAUGUCCAUCUUCCGCGACGCCGUCAAGGACUACCUCGAGGCCGCCCCGACCGCCACCUCCCCGCUCCCCAAGCGCCCCAAGCGCCCCAAGCCCUCCGAAACCCUCCUCGACAAAUACUCCGGCCUCCGCAUUAAGCACCUGGCGCUCUCACCGCUCGAGAUCAGCAACCGCUUCGCCGACAUCCGAUUCGUGCGCAUCUCCGCGAUAAAGAACUUGGUGGGGAGCGACAGGUUCUCCGGCUGCUGGGCGACGGCGGGCGUGGUGCUGGACAAGGGCGUGCCGCGGGUUAGUGCGCAGGGGAACGCCUACAGCAUCUGGAAGAUGGGCGCGCUGGACGAAGCCGAGAUGUCCGUGUUUCUGUUCGGGGACGCGCACGCCCACUACUCCGGCGCGGCCGUCGGCGCGGUGUUCGCGCUGCUCAACGGCAACGUCCGCAUGGACAAUGGGGGCAGAGGGUUCUCUGUGAGUGUUGCUUCAGUGGGCCAGAUGUUGAAGAUGGGAGUCGCAGCAGACUUUGGUCUCUGCAAAGGGAAGAGGAAAGACGGGAUGGCUUGCACCAUGGCGAUAAAUAAGAGUAAAGGAUCAUACUGCAAGUUCCAUUCGUCGAAAACGUCACAGAAGUACACUACUGGCAGGGUGGAGCUUAAGGGCGGAAACUUCCAGUUUGCUUCCAAACUUCGGUCAGAACGGAUUUACAUGGUCAAUCCUUCCUCAGAGCGACCCAAUUCAAGAACGCCAUCCCAACCAGCUAAAGUAAUGUCAAUUGAUGGCCUAAAAAGGGCUUUAAGCAAUGCAGAUAGAGUGACUACUAAGAACCAGUCUCAGGGUAUCAGAUUUCUUUCCCAUGUUACAGCUAAUAUGGAAAAUAUGAAACCAAGUGUCCCAAGCAAUGGUUCUAUGAACCAACAGAAAUCGAAGGUCAGCUUAAACAAAAGUUCGGCAUCAUCUGGCGCUAAAGCACUACCCAAGCAGGGAUUGCAGAAAUCAGAGCAAGAUAUCAAGAGACGAAAGGUGAAUAAUCCUCCAGAAAAUACAAUUGAGCUUGAUGCUGUCAGCUCAGACGAUGAUGAGAUCAAUAUAGUACUUCGACGCUGAUAGUGGAGUGAUAUACUGUGAAUUGUGAAUGUACUCAAAAACGAGUAAACAAGGGUGUGUUUGAAGGCCCUUGUUUUCAGCGCCUUUCACUAUGUAUUUAGGAUAGUUUUGUGUCACACCCUUUGUCACAUGCUGUAUCUGAGGAUUGACAAGUGAUUAUCAGAUAGCCAUCAUUUUUGGUUCCUGUAUACAUGCUGUAU